CGGAAAAACAAACACGCUGGUUUGUAUGAAGCUGUAUAGUUCGUCCUGUACAGAGGGAGGUUUCUAACGUGAUCCCUGCUUGUGCUAAAUGUUCCUUCUUUUCCUGGUGAGGACACCUGGUGUGUCUUGGACGCUCAUCUGGAUCGCAACCUUCUUAAAAUGAUUAGAAAGCAAGGCUUUGUUAGAUAUUAGAAUGCUGGCAGUUGUCAUUACAGUACUGGAUGUUCUUUACUGUAAAAUCUAUAUUUCUUAUUCAGUGGUGUCCGUGCUGCAGCUCAGUAAUUAUUCAGGUGGAGAAGCAGCAUGAAACAAACAGAUUGUCUAUAGUCAGUGUUUGUGGUGUUUAUGGUAAUGCAAACUAUCAGCCUUCUGCCAAGCUAUUUGGUGGUUUCAGUCAGACACAACAUGUUCCUGUGUGUGUAAUACAUUUAAUGAGUUAUGGUGUUGAGUGGAAACAAAUAUGCAAGCAGGUCUGGUGGGUCUUUCAGCUGCCUUUCAACACUAAGAGUUCAGCAUAGAGCAUAUUAAACGUCACUACCAUUUAGUCUGUCUGACAUUCAGCCCUUGAAUGUGGUUUCUUCUUGGAGAUCUUCAUCCCUGUAUAUAAACAGAGAGCUCUCAGGAAACUUAAGUCUUUUGUUAUACAUUUUGUGCCCCAUAUGAUGGAGCAAAGACUCAAUACAUGCAUGCAUAAAGAUGUGCAACAUGUUAUUCAGUUUCAAAAUGUCACUGUCAUCAUUUCAUAUGAAGGCAGAUGGUGCUGAUGCCGAAAUGUAAAGCUCAAGCUGCAUGAGUAUCCAUUUGAAGGAAAAUGGAUGACGAUUUGUUAGGCCAACUUCUUCUCUUGGGUUUCACUGGUUUUUAAAGAAAACUGAUUUUGAGUCACACCAGCUAAAUAUCCACAUUCUCAACUUGCUUAUCGUGGCUACCUAUUAUCACAUUGUUAUGACCUGCAGCAUUCAUCUCAUAUGGACUGAAGUUCUUAUUUUGUAGCUGUCAAUAAUUUCAAACAGACAAACAGGCCUAUUCAGGAUCUGAAACUGCAUUCAUAGCACAGGGUGGGGUUACACCUGCUAUUCUUAAAUCCGUCACUAUGUUAAUGUGUUAAAGUCCUUCAUAAAUGCUUUUAAAUUAGUUAUUUGCUAAAUGGCUCGUGCUGCGUUCACGUUCCUGUGUGUGUUAAAUGGUCAUUUAACGUGGCAAAAUGCGUCUGCCGACGAUUUCUCCCAUUUAGUGGAAAGAACUACAGAUAUGACAACAACCUGUUGGUGGAUAGCUACAAACCACAGCUGGCAUUAAUACAAUUCAGCUAAUUUACAGGAGAUAUACUGUUUGUUUAUAGCCUGUCUGAUUUCCCUUGGUAACAGAUUUCUACAAAUACGUAACGCAAAUGAGCAAAUUUAGACUGUUUAUCUGAAAUGACUACGAAAUUAGCACUAAGGCUAACCACCUCGUAAUAAUCAUAGUGCUUGAACACUGCUCAGAAUAGCAUGUCUUUUCCUGUAUGUCCUUUUGCCGACAUCGCGUGAAUGCAGCAUUAAAAGCAAUAUGACUGGUAUGAAACGGCUAUAGCGCCGUUAUAGGCUGUUGUUUUGCAAAAUGCAGUUUCAUAAACUUUUACAUCAGCAUUUAACAGCAUUUUUCAGAACAAGGGUCAAGUCAGAUAUGACGACCCCACUGUACACAUUUUACUCUUCUAAACGGACUAACGUAACAUUAGCUAUUUGCUUUGGCUAUAUAACGUGAUAUUAGCAAGCUAAAGUUAGCUUUGUUUGUUGGUUCAGGCAGCUAGCUUUAACAGCACUUACACCAAAGUUACUGCUAGUAAACACUGAUAAUUUAAUAAUUAGUAACUUCUAUGUAGGAAUCUUGUGUAGGAGUUUGUGAGGUGAAGCAGAUUAUGGAGGAAGCUGUCACCAGGAAAUUUGUUCAUGAAGACAGCAGCCAUAUUGUGUCCUUUUGUGCUGCAGUGGAGGCAUGUGUUCUGCACGGGCUGAAACGACGAGCAGCAGGCUUUCUGCGCAGCAACAAGGUAGCGGCGCUCUUCAUGAAGGUGGGGAAAAGCUUCCCCCCAGCUGAGGAGCUGUGCAGGAAGGCCCAGGAGCUCGAGCACAUUAUCGAGGCAAAGCGCAGUCAAAGCUUGCAAAGUCAGGACAGCCUGCGAAAGAUGCCUCGAUUUCCCAGCCUCAUCCCACAAGGAGUCAAGAACUUGUGGAUCCGGACAGCACUGUUUGAGAAGGUGCUGGACAAGAUUGUCCUCUACCUGGUGGAGAACAGCAGUAAAUACUACGAGAAAGAGGCUUUUCUAAUGGACCCUGUAGAUGGACCUAUCCUCGCCUCUUUGUUAGUUGGACCUUGUGCUUUGGAGUACACAAAGAUGAAGACAGCUGACCACUUCUGGACAGAUCCAUCUGCUGACGAGUUGGUGCAGCGACAUCGUAUUCACGGUGGCCUCUGCAGGCAGGACUCUCCCACCAAGAGGCCUGCACUGUGUAUCCAGAAGCGGCACUCCAGCAGCAGCAUGGAUGAACGUCCUUCCCCGUCACCAUCGGCUCGUGAAUAUGUAGAGUCCCUGCAUCAAAACAACAGGGCGACCCUACUGUUUGGCAAAAACAAUGUGCUUGUGCAACCGAAGGAUGACAUGGAGGCUAUCCCAGGUUACCUCUCUCUGCACCAGACUGCUGACAUCAUGACGCUGAAGUGGACACCCAAUCAGCUCAUGAAUGGCUCUGUUGGAGACUUGGACUAUGAACGCAGUAUAUACUGGAACUAUGCCAUGACAAUCCCUCUAGAGGAGAUAGUUUAUUUGCACUGUCAUCAACAAGUGGACAGUGGGGGGACGGUGGUGCUAGUCAGUCAGGAUGGGAUCCAAAGACCUCCACUUCGCUUCCCCAGAGGAGGUCACUUGCUCCAGUUCCUCUCCUGCCUUGAAAAUGGCCUGCUGCCUCACGGCCAGCUGGACCCUCCACUCUGGUCCCAGAGGGGAAAGGGGAAGGUGUUUCCCAAGCUGCGGAAGAAGCUUCCUCAGGGAUCUGCUUCCUCAGACUCUAUCUCAGACAAGGAGGAGGAUGAGGCCACAGAUUAUGUCUUCCGCAUCCUCUUUCCAAACAGCCAGUCAGAGUUUGCGACUCCUCCUGACUUGAUGGAUCAUGGAGCUACAAUGUGGCAUCCCACCCUCAGGAAGGCCUCGUGCUCCUCUUGUUCUCAGGGGAGCUUCUCUGACGGGGCAACACCCAAGGGGUGCAACCAUGAGAGGGCUCCACUGAAGCUGCUGUGCGACAACAUGAAGUAUCAGAUCAUCUCUCGGGCAUUUUAUGGCUGGUUGGCAUACUGCCGUCACCUGUCCACUGUGCGUACACACCUCUCUGCCCUUGUCAAUCACGCCAUCGUGGCGCCCAACAUGCCGUGUGAUGCCUACAAAGGGCUCACCACAGAUACAUGGCAGACGUUCCUCCGAGACUGCACAGCUUACAAGGAGCAGGAGCUGCUUCGUCUGGUCUACUUCGGCGGUGUGGAGCCUUCGCUACGUAAAGAGGUGUGGCCGUUCCUGCUGGGCCAUUACCAGUUUGGAAUGUCAGAAGCUGAGAGGAAGGAGGUGGAUGAACAGGUCCGAGUAUGCUACCAGCAGACCAUGCGCGAGUGGCUCGGCUGUGAGGAGAUUGUCCGCCAGCGGGAGAAGGAGCAGCACGCUGCAGCAUUAGCCAAGUGCUCCUCAGGGGCAAGCAUGGACAGCUCCAGUCAGAAGAUGAGCCACCAUGACUCCACCAUUAGCAAUGAGUCUCAGUCUUCCCAGAGUUCAGACAGGCAGAGUCUGGCUCGCCUGCAGAGUGACUCCAGCAGCAGCACACAGUUCUUCACAUCCUUCCAUCCCUUCCCCUGGAGUAGCCUGCUUCCCUUUGGCUUGUUUUUUCAGGUGUUUGAAUCUGUAGAGGAGGUGGACCAGAUCGAGACAGAGCCCAAGAAUGAAGAGGUGAAGCAGAUGCCAAAGAUGCCCAAUGGUGCUCUGCAGAACGAGACAAGCUCUCCCGACUCAGGACAUCCCUCCUCCCGCAACUUCUCUGUCACAUCCGGCCUGUCGGACGGCUCGUUUAGCACAGAGGACAGCACCGCACCUGAUGCAACCCUGAGAUCUGCAGCUGUCGCUCAGGCACCACAGAGCAAACCUGCAGAGGAAAUGGACAGCCAAAUGAAAGGCGAAGGAAAGGAGGAGGAGGAGGUGAAAGUGCCAGGUGUGACCAAACCUGCAGAAACUGCUGAGACUGGGGUGACUCAACCAUUCAGCCAAGAGGAGCAGGUGAAGGCCAGCAAAGAGACACGUUUGCAAACUGAAAUACAAGAAAAUGUUGAGUCAGACACUAUCAAAACAGAGGAAACCAUGAUUCAAGAUAAAGGCCCAGACAUAACAAUUGAAGAAAUUAAAUCUUUGGAUUCAGAAAAAACAGGAAAAAAGGUGUUCAGUGAGACAGAAUCCUCAGGAGCAUUCUCUGAACCUGGACUUGAAAAAGAAGUAGAAGUGAGUAUUAAGAAAACAUCAAAGCUCGAAGAAAGAGAUGUGGAAAAGAUAAAGGAAAAGGACGAAUCAAAGACAAGUAAACCACAAGAGGUCUUAUGGGUGGAAGGGAAAGAAACAAUAUCUUUACACCCCAUGGCCCCUGAAGUGGAAAAGAAUCUUGUUCCCUCAGCAGAUAAUAGGGUCUCAAGAGCAAGAGACGUCUACUGCGUCUCUCAGAAAGACGAGGCUCAAGUCAUGACGGAGUCUGAUGAGUCUCCCUCAGCCAUAGAGAUGGAUGAGAUCCCCAAAGCCAAAGUUUCCAUGGUGCCUUGGAGCAGAAAAGGACGUUGUGAAACCUCGUCUUCCUCUGAGGACUCAGCCCCUCGCGUGGAGCUUAGGCGUGAGGAGGAGCAGGGGAAGCCCAGUCCAGAGGGCACCGAGUCCAACCUCUCUGAGGAGCCUGAGGAGCCAGAGAUGGAGAGCCUCUACCCUCAGUUUGACUCUCUGGUCGGUUCUGGAGACACCAAGAAUGAAGCAACCUCUGGAGAAUCUGCUGGGAGUACCUUCUCUCAAGAGCGUUUGGACUUGUAUACAUUAAAUCUGCACCGCAUUGAAAAGGACGUCCAGCGCUGUGACAGAAACUACUGGUACUUCACUCCUGCCAACCUGGAGAAACUGCGCAACAUUAUGUGCAGCUAUAUCUGGAGGCACCUUGACAUUGGUUAUGUACAGGGCAUGUGUGAUCUGCUGGCUCCACUUCUAGUCAUUCUGGAUGAUGAGGCCAUGGCCUUCAGCUGUUUCACUGAGCUCAUGAAGAGAAUGAAUCAAAACUUUCCACAUGGAGGAGCUAUGGAUACUCACUUUGCCAACAUGCGCUCUCUAAUCCAGAUACUGGAUUCUGAGCUGUUUGAGCUAAUGCACCAGAAUGGAGACUACACCCACUUCUACUUCUGCUACCGCUGGUUUCUCCUAGACUUCAAGCGAGAGCUGGUGUAUGAUGAUGUUUUCGCAGUCUGGGAAACCAUCUGGGCAGCCAAGUAUGUCUCCUCUAGUCACUUUGUGCUCUUCAUUGCCCUGGCACUGGUGGAGAUCUACAGGGACAUCAUCCUGGAGAACAACAUGGACUUCACAGACAUCAUUAAGUUCUUCAAUGAAAUGGCAGAGCAUCACAACAUAAUGCAGAUUUUGACCCUGGCCAGAGAUCUGGUGUGCAAGGUGCAGAUGCUGAUAGAGAACAAGUGAAUGUGCAGUUUUUCUUCUUUUGCUUCCAAGUGUGAACAGCUGUAGCAGCACAAGAGUAAAAUACACAUGAGCACACACACGCUCUCUCUCACACACACUACACAAAGCCUUUACAAUCACAGUUUGCUGCUAUGAGCUUUAUUGACUGUAUCCACUAUGUUACUUGUGUUGUUAACAAGUAUAUGAGAAUAUUAUGUUUAUUAUUUGUCAGUAUGUUUAAGUGAAAACAAAUGCAACUGAAAAACCUUCUUGAAUUUCAAAAUAUUUAGUCAAAAAUCCCUUAAGUGUCAUUCUCGAUCUGAGUGCUCUUAAUAUUUUAGGAUAAGGAUGGUAUUAAUUGCACAUUUCGAACCAAAAUGCAGAACUGAAUUCAAC